AAUUGACCUUCCGGUCCGCUAGAAUUUCGCGACGAAGAGCCGAAGCUUAAGGACCGCCACAAGGCUACCACAAGGCCGAACCUAUUAAUUUUAGGCAUCGAUGUAAGGGUCUCAUAAAGGCCCUUGCCUACUAGGAUAACGGGGCCAUGCUGUUGGUCUGCAAGUGUGGGAGAAGGCGAUCGCGUAUCCAAUCGGCAAUGUAAUUGAAGCAGUGGCGCCAGCGUUGUUGGCUAUUUCCCUAGCCAUAAUGCUAUACUCUUCUCCUUUACUCAUUGCUUCUACAGUCAAAGUAGUGUAGCUACCAUCUUCUAUCAUCGUCUUGUUUUCUGGACAAGCUUGACACGACAUCAUCACACAUCAUCAUGUCUCGACCGCCAACGCCCUCGAACCGGGCUCCGCAUCACAGCGCCGACUUUCGGUUCAAGACUAACGGCACCGCUUGUGAAUGGGGCGAAGCUUACCAUCCCGGAGGUUAUCAUCCCGUACACAUUGGCGAUAUUAUUCAAUCUCGAUAUCGUGUCCUUCGCAAACUUGGUUACGGGUCCUAUUCCACCGUAUGGCUUGUUGUCGAUCAUAUCCAACCGAACCGCCUUAUGGCACUCAAGAUUGCCACCGCAAGCAUGGACCAGGGGAUUAUUGACAAGGAAGUCACGCUCCAUCGACAACUCGCUGCGGCCGGGACCCAGCACAAUGGUUCCCCUUUUCUAGUCAUGCUACAAACUUAUUUUCAGUUUCAAGGACCGAAUGGAACGCAUGCCUGCUUUGUACUUGAUGUUAUGGGACCUCACCUCACCGAGAUGCUCCAUCUCUGCCCCGAAUUUCAGAUUGGUGAGCCUUGGGAACGGCGAUUUACCAAACAGUUCGCCAAAAAGGUGCUUCAGGAUGUCCUACACGGAUUGCAAUUCUUACACGAAAAUGGUGUAGUCCACGGGGAUCUGCACACGGGCAAUAUUCUUGUCAACGUUCGCUCUAUUAAAACAGACGAAGCCUCGAUAAAAAAUCUCGAACAAUCCACCGAUACCAUUCAAUGCAGUUCUUUGCGACGUCUAGAUGGUAAAACGGACCCGUGGGCUCCGGAAUAUCUCAUCCAACCCGAGCCACUCUACGAAUAUACUUCACUCGACCUCGAACCCCUUGCAAAGAUCACAGACUUGGGCUCCGCUUUUCUUGAGGACUACCCUCCCGCCGAAACCGUAACAGCAGUGGCAUUCCGGGCUCCGGAGCUUAUAUUCGGCCGCCCUUUCGGUAAAGGUAUCGACAUCUGGUCCUUUGGAUGUCUACUUUUCGAAUUGCUUACUGGGUCUUCAUUAUUUUGUGUCAGUCCUCUUGGGGGAGACAAAUUGGAUGAAUCGAUUAACGACGAGCAUCUUAUCCAGUUUUUCGACCUCUUAGGACCUUUACCUGAAACCCUUUUCUCACGAUGGCGGAGGAGAUGGGAAUACUUCGAUCAGGAAGGGAAACGACUCUAUCCGGUAAAUCAUGCAGAUGAGGGGAGCGAUGACCUAGACAUGGCGGAUACCGCGUCUGACGACGCGGAAACUUCUGAAUUAGGAUCCUUCGAUUCUACGGAAACUGCUUUCUUGGCUCCUGCAUUUGGUUAUGAUGCUCUUGAAAAGCGGUUUCGAGAUAAAAAAACCAACGAUAUCGACGAAAAAGAAGAGACGCAGCUCCUGCAACUAAUGCAUUGGGUCCUACAAUAUGAUCCCGCACAGCGCCCUUCGCCCACCGAAAUUCUGGAGCACCCUUGGUUCAAUUGAGUUCCCUAUUGUUGGUAAAAUUUAGGCCACUAUUAGGCGAAUGUACCUAUGAAAAAAAUUAAAUUAUUAUUUUUUGA